CCCACUCUCGCCCCAUCCAGGAAAGAGACAAGGCUUCACAAGAAACAACACAUACUUUCCUUUCAUUUCCGAGAGUCCCAGGGUCGACCUACAGAUGUUGCUCCUUCCAUGGCCAAUGGCAUUUGGACUCCAAGCUGCCAAUGGUGCCAGGCAAACAACUGGACAGGACAGCUCAGCUACAGGAAGGUGGCCACAGUCUCGGCCAGAGCAGCAGCCCCCAACCCACAGACCACCUCUGCCACCCCAUCCAGGAGCCUUCCCACUUCCCUCAGGCUUGCCCAGGCCCCGCCACAGGGGCUGAAGAACUGGGAGGUGGUGAUAGCACAGAAAGUGGUGUCUACAGCCUUGGGGACAGUCCAGGCACAUAGGACCCUGCUUCGGGCAACUCUGCAGCCCCUUCAGCACAAGGGAGGGACCCACGACAGCCCCAGCACUCACCACUGUCUCUUCCUGUCACUGAUACCUAGGCAAGGGCUCAGAAUGGAAGCCACCACUCCUGAGCUGAAUCUACAGGCAAGACUGAAGGAGGUGGGGGACGGGUUGAGUACAGCUCAAGAUAGCCAGGAGCUAAAGCAGCAGCUGCAGCCACUGCCCAAGUCACCAGCCUCCUCCCAGCAAGAAGCAAAAUAUGUGGAGAUGUGCACUUCAGCUGGAGUCCAGAGGGAGAGUCCGCAGACCAUGAAACGGACUUUGGAGUGCUCACCUGGGGAUCAAAGGGCCUCUAGGAAUCCUAAGGAGGAAGCCCAAGAUGAACCCAGAAGUCAAGAGAGCAAGGCUCCAACCCCCCAGAAGAAUCCUGCCUCCUCGGAACUCACCGGAUCCCAGAUCUGCAGCACUGAAGAGGGCAGCACCGUCUCCUCCUCUUCUUCCUCCUCCUCCUCCCCGGUGGGCAAAGCAGAAGGUGGCCUUUCCAAGCUGGAUGGACCCACCAUAUCAACAGGGGCUCUGACCACCUCGUCUUCAUCUCUAGGCUUUGAGAGUGACAGUGGUGAGAGUGCAGUGACCUGCCAGCCCCGGGGAGGAGAGGGAGGGAAAGCGACAGGAGGAGGAGGGGGAGAAGAUGGAACAGAGUGCAGGGACAUUAUUGCCAAGUCUCAGGGAAGUAGGGGCCCCCCCAAAACCGAGCAGGCUCACUACAUCACCACUCACGAGAUCCAGCUGAGUGAGGUGGAGCAGGACAUGGAUUUCGACGUGGGGCUGGCCUCCCGCUGGGAUUUCGAGGACAACAACGUGAUCUACUCAUUCGUGGACUAUGCCUCCUUUGGUGGCAGUGAUGAGACCCCGGGGGAUAUCACCACCCCAACCGAAGAGGAGGACAACAGCUGCUACCUCAGCACUACUCCCAGCACCAAUGCCACCCGGACGCCGAGCCCCUCCAGCAGUGACCCUCCCCGCCCCAGCGCAGGCAGUAGUGGUCGUGACACCAGCAGCACGGAAGUGGGCAGUGACCCUACUGACAGUGGCCCCACUCCCCCACCCACUGGGCCUGGCACUGCCACUCGGCCUGAGCCCUUGCCGGAGCCCCCGGAGGCAGCUUCAGGGGCAGCAGCCGCAGCAAGCAGCUGUGGGAGUGCAGCAAGCCAGAUCCUCCUAUCAAUCAAACCGACUUCCCGGGCUAUAAAUGAGCCUAGCAACGUGCGUGCAAAGCAAAACAUUAUUUAUGCUGCCAAGCAUGAAAGCGACAUGAGCCUCCGAGUCUCUACGGCUGCUGAACACAAUUCAAGUUCACUGAAGCAAGACCCGGCUGCAGCCGUGGCUCAGGACCAUGCAAAGAAAUUCAUUGCUGUCCCUGCUCGCCUGCAAACACGGUGUGGGGCCAUCCGGGCUAAAGAGCUGGUGGACUAUUCCAGCGGGGCCUCCAGCGCCGUGAGUGAACUGGACGAUGCGGACAAAGAGGUUCGUAAUCUGACCUCCCGCGCUUUCCGGAGCCUCGCUUACCCCUACUUUGAGGCUCUGAACAUCAGCUCCCGGGAGUCCUCCACACUUUCCGAAGUUGGCUUUGGGCGUUGGUCGACCUUCCUAGACCUAAAAUGUGGGGGUGUUGGAGCCAGAGUGGAACAGAGCCUGCUCCGGAGCAGUGCAGCCGCGGUGGCUGCAAGUCUUAGGAAGGAUGGUGGUGCCAGGACAGCCGCAGACCAGCUCUACAUCCACUCCAGGAAGUCCCAGACCAAGGCCUUGGAGUUUGUCGUCAGCAAGGUCGAAGGGGAAAUCAAGCAUGUGGAGACACCUCUGUGUUUCCAGAAGCAGGUCCAGACAGGCUCACGCGUGGUCACCCUUCUGGAGCCUCUGAAUUUACGCAGUGAAAGCAAAGCCAGCUCAACCACUGGGCCCUGCAGGGCCACCAGAGGCUCCAGCAAGGGCCCCGGGUCUGUGUGCACAGAUGACGGCUCAGAGACCUCUGAGAGCAGCAAGCCUGCCACCCGUGCGGAGGGCUCCCAGAAGAAGUCCAAGUUUGCUUCCAGUCUGCUCAAAAAUGUCAUCUCCAAGAAGAUGCAGCGUGAACAGGAGUUCAAAAUGGAGAGGGGAGAAGUCACUGACACAUCCCAUAACCUCUCCAGCACCUCCAAGGAGCCAGAGGGCGCCCCUGCCUCCGCGGGUGAGAAGCAGAGGGAGAGGGGCCUGCAGAGGCAGGGCUCUCGCCACUCAGAGGCUGGCUCGGAAUACACUGUGCUCAGUGUGUCUGAUGCAGGUGCCGAGGGGUCCGUGGUGGGGUCCAAGUCUCCAGUUUUCAAAGCCAGUGCUCCUCGGGAGAGCAACGCUGGCUCCGGCCGAACUUUUCCUGAUGGCCACACAGAGGAAGUAUGUGAGAUUAAAAAGAGUGCAUCAGAGACUGUCAAGGGCAUCUUCCUCCGUAGUCAGAACAGUGCAUUCCGGUCCUGGAAGGAGAAAGAAGCCGAGAAGCGGGAAGAAAAAGCCCCCAUUGGGAAGCUUCAGCUCCCCAAGGAGAGUGACUGGAGGGCUGAUCUUGGGGAGAUCUCUGCCAGCAAGUCCACCAUCAUGUCACGUCUAUUUGUCCCCAACAUCCAGCAGACACCCAAGGACAAGCAGCCAGAGAAACAGGCCACCAAGUACCCUGCUGCUCAGGCCACCUCCACCGCAGUGAUUAAGGCCAAGGCUCCGGAAAUCAAGAUCCGGCUGGGGAGUGUGCAGCAGCCAAGCUCAGACUUCAACAUUGCCAAGCUGCUCACGCCCAAGCUGACCAGUGGCAGCUCCUCUAACCUUCUCAAGACCAUUGAGGACAACACCAGGGUGCAACAGAAACUCUUCCGGGGGGACAACAUGGAAAAAGCGCCCCAAUUCCAGGUGAGAGACGUCAGAGACAAGUCUAAGGCUCAGGCCCCUCUCCACCAGGUGAGAGAUGUCAGGAAACUAAUCAAAGGGUCAGGCGAUAGCAGCGACAAGGGCAGUGUUACCCCGGAGCAGGGGCUGACCGGGCCCAAACCCAGGCAGCUGGCUGCUGCAGCUGGCGGAUCCAGAUCCCUGUCCCCCAUGGUGAUUACAUGCCAGGCAGUGCUGAACCAGAGGGAAGACAGCAUGGACCGAGAUCUGAGGGAGAGCAUGGGCAAAGGUGGCAGCAGCAACAGCUUGAAUGCCUCCUCGCCAGAAGGGACGGUCUUGGUUCACAGGGCAUCUGGCAGGCUGCCGGUGGCCACCAUUGCCCCCAAUAAGCCUGAGCAGGGCUCAUACCUGCCCGUGCUCAAGAUUGUCUCCAAGGCUUCUGCUCAGAAGACCCCAGAGAAGGCCAAAGACGAGGAGGAAGGGCCAGACCCGAAGCCAUCUCGGAAUGCCCUGGAGAAGCUGACUGCUGCAGUGAGGUCCAUGGAAGAACUGUACAGCUUCAACAGGAAUGAGUGGAAGCGCAAAAGCGACCCCUUGCCAGUGAUGACGGACAGCCAUGUCCUGUCCCUCAUUGCUAGUGAAGAGAGAGAAGGGGGCGGGGGUGCUGAGGGGGAUCCGGACAAGCUGGCCAAACGGCCUGGUGAGGUAGGAGAGCGGGGCACAGGAAGCAAAGGUGGAGUGGUCCUGCGAGGAGGCCCCAUGGAGCGUCUGCAGCGCAGAAACUCCAACCCGAACACGGAGAGUGUGUCUGCUCGCGCCGCUGCCUUCGAAAACCUGGCCCUGUCCAAGGAAAGGCCCCGAUCCCUCUAUAUUCCCCCAGUCCACAAAGAGGUGGAGAGAACCCAGCCCCUGCAGCCCCUCCCACCACUCCCCAGCAACCGCCAAGUGUUCACAGUGAGUGCCAGCAGCGCCCAGAAAACCGGGGGUGUUGCUGGCAAGUUCCCACAAGGGCUUUCUCCAGAUAGCCCUUCAGCAGCAAAAAGCAUCAAGUCUCAGGGACUUCGGUCCCUCAAGAUCUCUCCGGCCACCCGGGCACCUCUUGAUGAGGUGACCAACAGGAAAAAUGGCAGCACUUUGGAAAAGAGCAAUAGUGACUGUGAGAAUUAUUUGACCAUCCCAAUUAAAGGAAGCUCUGCAGCUGGGGAACUUCCAGGCAGGCCUAGGGCUGGGAGGGAGGGGCCCCCAGCCUCCUCAGCGGCCACUCUCUGCAGCUUGCCCCCACUGAGUGCCCGCAGUCAGGUCCCUAGUUGCCCCAAAGGCUCUCAGAUCAGUGGAACCAGGCGGCCAGCUUGGCCUACCAAACCUGAAAACCCACGGGAGUCAGUAGCUGCCCCCACAGGGCCCCAGAGCCCCCAGCAUCCCUCCACUGCCAUUUACCACCAGCAGCCACUACCCUUCACCUUGCAGGGGUCACAGCCCCAGGUCCUUUGCUUCUCCCCACCUGGCAUGCCUGCCCCAGCACCUGCAGGCCCAGCUCCUGUCCCCUCAGACCCCUUCCAGCAGCCACAGCCUCAGCAGACCCAGCGCAAGAUGCUCCUGGAUGUGACAACUGGCCAGUACUACCUGGUGGAUACACCAGUGCAGCCUAUGACCCGGAGACUGUUUGACCCUGAGACAGGGCAGUAUGUGGAUGUGCCCGUGACUGCCCAGCAGCAAGCUGUGGCUCCCAUGUCCCUCCCUGUGCCUCCCUUGGCCCUGAGUCCUGGGGCCUAUGGACCCACCUACAUGAUCUACCCUGGGUUUCUGCCCACAGUGCUGCCUACCAGUGCCUUGCAGCCCACGCCAGUUGCUCACACCCCAGGGAGCAGCGAGGUCUCCCAGAUGGCUGCAGAAUCCCCCAGCAAAGAGGCAGCAGCUAAGUUAACUGAGGCCCCAUACUUCAUGGCCUCUGGUCAGUCUCCUGCUUCCUCUUCAGCCCCGGCAGCCACAUCCCAGCUGGUGGGGGCAAAGGGCUUUGCCCAGCUGCACGGCAAACCUGUCAUCAGCAUCACUUCUCAGCCUCUGGGGCCGAGGAUCGUUGCUCCCCCCUCCUUUGACGGCACGACCAUGAGCUUUGUGGUGGAGCACAGAUGAUGAGCAAUUACCAGGAAGCAGGACAGAGCUGGGAGCAAGACAGAAAGGUGGACUAUUCUUCUUUAAUCUGAAGGUUGCAUUGUAACAGCGCUAAGAAUUCAUCUUAAAAAUUUCCUCUACAUGUGUUAUUCUUAGUUUUUGCUUCUUAUAAACCAAGUGUAUAAGUUUCUAUGUUUUCCUGAACAACUCUGUUAAGACAGAUUAUGUUAUUUUAGUUUUAUUGGGCUGGUUGAAUGGUUCCAUUUUUUCCCCUGUAAAAUUAUUUCUUUUUAUACUUUACUAUAGGAUAUAAGCUUCCUAUUUAUCUUUCCCUCCAUUUGGCCAAACAACAAAAAAUCUCUUAAGUAUUUUCAGAGCUUAAUCAAACCACACAACAGAAUGAGAUUGGUUUUGUUGUAAACAAAGCCAGCAAAUCAAUAACUUGGAUCCUAGAUCUCCUCAUAGGUUCUUGGAAUAUGUGAGGACAAGCUGACAGGAUUGUAGCACAUGCUUCGAUUUUAAACACAAUGUGUCCCCACUUUGAAUCAUAUACCAGCCAAGCCUAUCAUUCUCUUUGUUAUAUUCUACAUGUUAUUUUAUUGGGUUUGGCAUGAAUUCAGAUGUGAUUGUGAAAAGUAGUGGUUUUAACUUUUAUGCUUUGUUUUAAUUUUUCCAAUGCUACAAUGUCACGAUGCUAUUUGUUGCUUUAAAACAGAGUGGCUUAAAAUAUGGAAGAGCAAGUGAUUAUAUUUAAAAUUAAAUUUUUAGUCUCAGAAAGGUAUAAAAGAUCUAUUUCCCUCUAGUAACCCAAACUUGUUACAAGUGUAUAGCAGCUUUUGGUCUUCUUCAGUGAUUCCCUCCAUAGUUGCAUAGUCCUGGCUCUCAUGGAUUGUUUGGAGUCCAAAGAGUGACCAGUUUGGGGUGAUAGAGCAGAGUGUAAGCUCCUAUUCAGUGGCUCUGAUUUGCUCCAGCCCUAGUCAUACCAAUAGCAAUGACCUAGGAUUACAUCAUUUGCUCCUUGUGGUUGUAAGAGAUGUUGAGAAUCCAAAUCACAGAAUCUUUCACUGACAUUCAAUAAUGCCUCCAAUGUAACCCAGUUCUGAAGGUUAUUUUAGUGAGUGUUCACAGUGAAUCUUGAAGAGGAGAUUGAUCAGAUAAAUAUUUAGCUUGUCAGAAUUAAUAAGUGUGCCAAUAUCUAUUUGACAAAUGUUAUAUUGGAAUAUUUCUUACUUCAAGGUAUAAAAGAAUACCUUGAAGGCUUCCCCAGGCUUUUUAUUUAGGCAAUCUCCUUCUUCACUUAUUUUUUCAAAGAUAAAGCAUUCUGGUAAUUUUUUGAAGCCUUUUUUAAAUUUUAAUAGUCAAGUUUUGGUUUCUGUUUAUAAAUGCUUCUUGAAGCCACAGAAUUUAAUGCUGUUCAUGAUUGAAGGUGUGGGUAAAAAACUAUGAGACUGUUUUUUAUAUGAUUUAUAUAAGCUCAUUAUUUUGUAGCUAUGCUUCCUUUCUCAGACUCUUUUAAAAAAUUCAAUUUCAUUUUCAGGGCCUUCCUUAAAGGAAUAGCUUUUCCUAAAAAUAUGUUGGAUAAAAAGAAAGGUUUGAAGGAGGAAUAAUCAAUCAGCUUUGCUCUCAAUUCAAUCAAUCAUUGGGCCAAUGAACUGCAGUGAUCGCCUGUAUGAGACAUGAAACCCAAAAUAAGAAGCAGCCUCUGAGUAUGGAAAAGAUGCCCCUGUACCAUAUUAGGGAAAGUGUUAUGCCCUUGUCAUAGAGGUUUGCUGACCCCAGGUGCAUCAACAGAUUCACCCCAGAACUUACUGAAUUUUUCACCACUGGGGAACUAGUUACAAUAUCAGUCCUUCCUCAUUUUCAGUAGAGAUUGGAUAGAUGUGAGGUCACUUAAUAUUGAAACAAGAAAGCAGACUCAUUUUCAAAGAUCUGAAACCUAUAAUACUUAAAACAGUACCAUGAAUCCUUAAGUAUUUGAGCGCCUCUGGUGCAACUUAUAUAGGAUUUUGUUGGGUAGUACCAGACUUGGUAAGACUGCUUUAAAACUAUGUGUGACUUCUAGGAAAUCCCAGUGGUCAUACUGAGUAGUUAACUAUUUGCCAGCUCUACAAAAAGAGAGACUCUCUUAGAAUAUGUGGUGAAGGUCUUAGCUACCAACAUUCUGGGGCCCCAUAAGUUAUUUAUCAUUAUUUGUCACCAGCAGAUAUGAGCCUUAAAUUCUUACAUUGAGGUAAACAGACAUUGGGAAAGAAAGGAGAACUUUCUAUUUGUUGGAUCUAUCAGAGAGGCUACGUCCUGUGAGGAGCUGUCAAGGAUGCAGUAAAUGUCUAAGUGGUUAAGAAUGUACUUUACAAUAAUAUUCUAUGAAUAUGAUAUUGUCUAUUGAUAAGCUUGUGGUAUGCUGUUUCCUCAAACCAUACAAAGCUGCUAGACCAUUCACUACCUCAAAUGAUAGGGAGAAACAUUUUUAAAGACUUGAGAUAAAUCUAAAUCCUGAUGUCAUUGUUUUCUUAUUUCUUGAGGUCACAUUGGUGUUUGAAAGAAGUGGUGGUGCCCUUCCUUUUUCAACCACAGUUAAAUAGAAUAAGAGUCUAUGAACCUUCCAACCCAUAAAACUAUUACCCUAAUGAUGUCCCUUCAGUCACUCAACUACUCUCUUAUGUUUUAGAUGCAUACAACUAUUAAUGAAGCAUGUGGCAUUUUCUAAAUAGUGCCUUGAGCUCAAAUUUAAUUAGAUUUGCAGAGUUGGGCUUUUGCCAUUUUCUCUCAGGUUUACAAGAGUGACUCAGUUUUCCAGAUGAACCACAGGGCAUUGUGUGUAGAAAUCUUGACCCAUUUUCUUUUUCCCCUCAUUGGUUAAAUGGUGAGGUUGUAAUAUGCUCUAUUUGAAUUGUUUUUUUUCUCAAAACUACACAUUUGUAACCAACAUGAAAAUUUAAUGAACCAGAAUGUAUUUUCUUAAAAGCACUCACUGAAAUUACCCCCAGGGUUGAAUGAAGCCCAGAUAUGCUGUCAGUGACCUAACUUAUAGGAUGUCUGUAUGUCUGUGUAUGUCUCUGUGUAUAUGGCUCUCUGCAUAUCAUUGAGUAAAUAAGUUAGAAAAAAUUACUUCUUGACACCUCUAUGAUAAAUCUCAAAUGUUAACAUGCAUUUCAAAUUCAUCCUUAUAUCAUGAGAAAAUGCUUAGUAAUAUAAAUGGUUUUUUUUCAGAUUUGACAUUUUGGUCCUUGCUUCUUAAAGAGAUUUAAUGUGUUUAAAUUAUUUUCAUGUUUCAUGUGUUUGCUGCAAAUAGAAUGCUCAUGCUACCUGAAAUAAUACUUUGGACUGCAGGACAGUAUUGAUUCCUAAGUAGAUUGACUGUAAUUUCAUGAUAAGUAUAUAUACAUAUAUAUCCAUGAGAAAACACGUUUAAUAACAGUUUUGUGUUUAAAAACUAUCAUGAGAUAUUUUUAUAUGUGGUGCUUGAGGAAUUUCAUUCUACAGUUUACAAGGUGUAGGUUUGCACCCCCAAAUUCUCAGGGUAUGCUAUUUUACCCAAAUACUUGAAAGAAAAAGGUGCCCUGUACUUUAUCAGUACUGUUGAGGGGGGAAAUUAUAAAUUCUGUGUAGGUUUGUAUUAGAAAAAUCAAAUUUAUAAAUUAUGUUAGACUUUUACAUAAUUUCUAAGGAGAUAUACAUAUAGAUAGGAUAUAUAUUUUCAAGAGACUGUUUCUACAUUCUUAACUAAUUUCUGGGUCCUAAGUAGACCUCACAGGUGCAUAAAAUCAUUAACAAAGCAUGUAGCAUUUGCUAAAUUGUACCUUGAGCUUGAAUCUAGUCAGAAUUGCAGACUCUGGAAAAACAGCAUGUUUGUUUGUGGCAUGUGCGAUUAGAAAGCCCAGGGGAGGAUUCUGAAAAUUGGACUUGUUUGUAUGCCCCGUGUCUCAGAAGAGAACUGAAUGUUCACAACAGUAUUUGUAAGCAAAUUAAUAUUCUCACUCCAUGUUGCAACUAGAGCAUAUUAUUAGAUUUAUUCCUAUUUAAUUCAUAAUGGUGCAGUGGGUUUUUUUUGUUUGUUUCAUAAUUGCUUUUUACAAGCUAGUGUUAAU